CCUCCUGUAGUGACUUGUGGCAGCAAGACACAAAAGGCCUUCCAUCACGCUCAGCAAGUGACAAUCUGCUAAGAUGUGUCUCUGCGCUUUCCGGAGGCUUUUAAAGCGCGUUUUUCUCCAACCAGGGGCGGCCAGUGUCGAAGGGAGGUGAGACCACCCCGAUCAUGGUUUAACUGCGACGGCCGUUUCUGCUCGGUUUGUCCUGAGAGCUCUCUCCCUCACGGUUUCUCGUUCCCCUCAUUGAGGGGCGGGACGGACAGAGACGGGAGAGAUGUCCUUCUUGAGUUUCAUGAAACUUUUUAAACUGGGUCCGGACAAGAAGAAGGUGAAACAAUACCAACGCGUCAGGAGAGAUGUGGAUCCUGAAAGUGUCUGGAGAGUGAUCGGAGAGCUGGGAGAUGGGGCCUUUGGCAAGGUCCUCAAGGCGCAGAACAGGGAGACUGGGGCCAUUGCAGCUGCCAAGGUGAUCAGUUCACUGGAUGAGGAGGAGCUCGAAGAUUACAUGGUGGAAAUUGAGAUUCUGGCCUCAUGUAAUCACUCCAACAUUGUUAAACUUCUCGAUGCCUUCUACUACGGAAACAGCCUGUGGAUCCUCAUCGAGUUUUGCCCUGGUGGGGCUGUGGAUGCUAUAAUGUUGGAGCUGGAGAGAGGGUUGACAGAGCCACAGAUUCGCGUGAUUUGCAGACAGACCCUUGAAGCCCUUCACUACCUGCACAGUAACAAGAUCAUACAUCGGGACCUGAAGGCUGGAAAUAUCCUUCUGACACUGGACGGGGACAUUAAGUUAGCUGAUUUUGGAGUGUCUGCAAAGAACGCACACACCAUCCAACGGAGAGCAUCAUUCAUCGGAACGCCUUACUGGAUGGCCCCUGAGGUUGUCCAGUGCGAGACUUCGAAGGAUGCACCUUACGACCACAAGGCGGACGUCUGGUCUCUGGGAAUCACACUGAUUGAGUUGGCAGAGAUGGAGCCACCACACCACGAGCUGAACCCCAUGCGGGUCCUCCUGAAGAUCACCAAGGCCCCCCCUCCGACUCUGUCCCACCCUUCCCGAUGGUCACCAGAUUUUAAGGAUUUCUUACGAAAGGCUUUGGAAAAAAAUGUCAACCUCCGAUGGUGCGUAAAGCAACUUCUCCAGCACCCUUUCGUGGCCGCAGUGACCAGCAACAAGCCAAUCCGAGAGCUGAUAGCCGAAGCCAGGGCCGAGGUGAUGGAGGAGAUCGAGGAAGGCAAGGAUGAUGAUGAUGACAACGACGAUGACGAUACGGAGGCUCUGGCAUCCCAACCGGGCUCUGACAGUACAAUCAGCACAGAGGAACGGGCUCCAAUGGGCCCCACCAAGACGUGUCUGGAGGAAGAGCCAAUAAGCAAACAGCCUGUUGACCAAGGCCGAGCUGGGAGCCCCACCUUGGGCAGCGCAGCUGGCGGAUCAGCGGAAUAUUCGAACGAUCACGGGGCGUUAGGGGGGGCCGCAGAAAGUGAGGACCCGACGGUGCUCGGCGAGGGUGAGAUGGGAAUCGCUGGGGAGCUCCCGUUAGAGACCUCAGUCGUAAGAUCUGAUCCCGCAGGCUGCGCUAAUCGAGGCGGUGAGCUUCCAGCGAGCCCGCGGGGAGAAAUGGGGGCGGGCGUGAAGGAUCGCAGUGCUCACUCAAGCGAGGUGGAGAAGAGGUGUGCCAACCCAAGCAACACCAGUGAAAGGUCUGAACCCGCAGCGGGCAAAGCCGAUCUGGAAGAGCCCGGGCACACAGCAGCUGAAGACUCCACCGAUGCCGCACCCAACCUGGGACUGGACGAAGACGAGCCGACACUGAGCAAUGAGAACUCAAAGGCAGAUCCUACUGGCCCAUCACCUUCAGGAGGAGAGGGUCCAGCAGAGGCAGAGACUCCUGCAGCAAUAUUUGGGAAGGCAGGAAGUGAGUCUCAUGGCCCUUUGAUAGGAAGCACAGAAUCGGAUUCUCCAGUAGCAGAUAUCCGCUCAGAGUGGAGCCCUUCAGGUCUGGAGCCUGUUGGAGCGCUUGAAGAUAUUAGCAAUGGGCCAACACCAGGAGAGAUCUCCUCUUGUCCCCUUGGGAAAGCUGAAACCGUAGAGACGGAUCAAGGCAGUUCGCAGGUGGAAGGGGAAGCUCUCUCGGUCGGGAAAGGAGCAGCGAAUUCCCAAGGUUGCCAGGCCAGCGGGCAGGAUCCGGAGGAAGAAACAUUGGUCGCUCGCACACAGCCGCCAAGCGAGAAUGGUACGCACCAAGAGGAUGCUGCAGUGCUGCCGGAGAAGGUUGGAAGGGUUGACGGGGAAAGUACUGAGUUAUUGCCUUGCGUAGGCGCGGAACCCGCAGCUGAUGUGCCGGAAGAGACUAUAGUGGGAGGGUUGGACUCAGAGGAAGCAAGUGACGGCCUGCCGAAUUCUGUCCCAGCGAUCGAAACUACCGGGGCACCGCCCUCGGCUCUCACGCUGAGUCGUGACAGCGGGCACUCAAAUGAAUCUCUUCGGUUCGGAGAGGCAGUAAAUCACGUGGCGAUGGAGAUGGAGAAGGCAGAGGCUGCGGGGAGAAAUGGGGACAGCAUCACGGCAGAAGGACCCAAUUGUUUCGAGUGCGAAGAAUGGACGGAGCCUCAAACUGAAGGCCAGACGCGAGCCGACGGUGAGGAAAGCGCAGAGUGGGGGCGCAGUGGCCUAACCGAAGCCGAGGAAGAUUCGCCGGGCCGCAGCGGCGACGUCGCCGUGGUAACCUGCGUUGUCGAUGAGCUAAUCGACCAGGUGGUAGCUGGUGAACACACGGAAGAGGAAGGAGCCACACCCCAGCUCCUGAAAGACACAGGUCCCCUCAGCUGCGCCGACUUUGUGGAAGAGGUGGACAGUCCCGACGAGGGGACCAAAGGUUCGGCUGAGGGAGGCGAGCGUGUAGGCCAUGAGGAGGUAUCAGCUGAUAGCCAGAGAGAACAGCAGGAGGACGAGCCAAGAGACGAGGCUAAGGUCAACGAUGCCUCGCAUGGUGAAGAUACUCCGCACCACCAGGCCCCGCUGACACAGAAGAAGUUUCUUGAGCCAGCCAUUUCCAAGGAAACAGGAAGAUUGGAGACAAAUGGCCUAUCUGUCCUGAAACGAGAAGCAUAUUGUCCAUCGGCUGUUAUCCAUACUUGUGUCGAGCUAUCGCAAGGGGGGGAGACCGGGGAAAGGAGACCUUCCUAUCCAUUUAUGGCUGACGAUAUCGAAUCUGAUGACUUCCCCCCUUGCCCUGGUGGUGUGUUUUCCAAACAGACGCAGGGUGACCCAUUUGACGACGACGAUCGCCCCACCCUGCGGAAAACGUUAAAGAAAACCCGGAAAUUUGUGGUGGAUGGCGUGGAGGUCAGCGUCACCACCUCGAAGGUGGUCAGCGAGGACAACAAGAAGGACCAAGACAUGCGGUCAGCCAGGCGCCAGGAGCUGCGGGAACUCCGGCUCCUGCAGAGAGAGGAGCAGCGUCUGCAAAGCCAACUCGACCAGAAACUGCAGCAACAACGGGAACAGAUGAUCCGCCAAAUCGAGCAGGAGAUGAUGAAUAAGAAGCAAUAUUAUGACAAUGAGAUUGAGAACCUGGCGCGGCACUACAAACAGAUUAUUGAUCGACUGGAGCAAGACUAUGCACACCGACUGCGCGAUGAAGCCAAACGCCUGAAAACACAACAAGCUAAAGAAUUCUCAAAACAACGGCAAUCACUGAAGGACAAAAAGCAAGAACAAGAAUUCAUCCAGAAGCAACAACAAGAGCUGAAUGAGAGACUUCAAACGAUUGUUCAGGAGCGGAAGACCAAAAUACUCUCCACAGAUUUUGAGCGGCUCAUGAGGGGACAGCAGCUCAAGAGAGACCGUGAGGCGGUGGUCUGGGACGUGGAGCAGCGUCACCUCCAGGAGAAAUACCAUCUGUUCAAGCAGCAGGUCAAAGAGCAGUGCUCAUUACAGAGGCAGCUUUUGCUCAAGCGGCACGACAAGGAGACGGAGAGAAUGGUCCACGAUCACACCGGCCUUCUGGAGGACCUGAAGAGCCACCAGGCGCAGGAGAGGGCCCGCCUGCCAAAGACGCAGAGGCAAGACAGCAAGGCCAGGCUGAACCUCUUCAAGCAGAGCCUGAAGAUCAAGGCCGUCGGGGCAGUGGAGCAGAGGGAGCUCAUCAAACAGUUUCUAGUUCAGGAAGAGGCUCGUCAGAAAGAGGAGAGGCAGCGCCAGCAGCAAAAACAUGAUGCUCACCUCAAGGAGUUGCAGAGGCAAUGUGACGCCAACAUGGUGGAGUUACAGCACCUUCAGAAUGAGAAAUUGAGCCUCUUGGUCAGUCGGGAGCGAGAGAAGUUGAAGACACUCGAUGAGGAACACACGAUGGAACUGAAGGAAUGGAGGGAGAGGCUUGCAUCCCGCAAAGAGAUCCUUGAGGAAGAGCUCAUGCGUAGACGCCAGCAGCAGGAUGUCCCUUCCCGGCACAGCAGCGAGCCGGACACCACCAAGUCCUCGCUGCACAGGAUCUCCCGGUUCUUCCCCCUCCCCAGCUUCCCAUCGUAGACAGUCUCCAGGCGCUAGCCCCACCUCUGCCACUGGAGGAUACAUGGUGGCCUUCGGUGUCUGGCUAAUGAACCCCCUCCAACAGUGGGUGGAAGGGUGGUGUUGUGGUAAUAGGAUGGUAAUCCAGACACCCUGAUUAAUGCCCUAGGACCAGGGGUUUGAAUCCCAGCACAGCGGCUACUGGCACUUUAAAUCAACGAAUCUAAAACUGAAAGAAAUCCUGACCUUCCCUCCCUCAUAAGUGGCAAUAUUCAGCACCUUUCACUGUUCCUCAAAUACUGAAGCAGCCCGUGUUCAAAUGCAACAAGAUCUGAUAAAAUCCAGGCUUGGGCUGACAUGUGGCACAUAACAUUUAUGCCACACAAAUACCAGGCCAUGACCAUUUCCAACAAGAGAGAAUCUAACCAUUGCCCCUUGAUAUUCAAUGGUGUUACCAUCACUGAAUUCCCCCCUUCCACUAUCAACACCCUGGGAGUUACCAUCCACCAGACAUUCAACUGGACCACAGCGGCUACAGGAACAGGGCAGAGGCUGGGAAUCCUGCAGCGUGUAACUCCCCUCCUGACUCCCUAAAGAAUACCAUCGACAAGGCACAAGUCAGGAGUGCGAUGGAAUACUCCCCCCUCGCCCUGGAUGGAGGCAGCUCCAACAACACUCGAGAAGCUCGACACCAUCCAGGGACAAAGAAGCCCCCCGCGCGAUUGGCCCCACAUCCACAAACAUCCCACUGCCCCCCCCCACCACCGACACUCAGUAACAGCAGUGUGUACCAUCUACAAGAUGCACUGCAGCAACUCACCGAGGCCCCUCAGACAGCACCUUCCAAACCCAUGACCCACUUCCAUCCAGAAGGACAAGGGGCAGCAGGUACAUGGGAACACCACCCCCUGCAAGUUCACCCUCCGAGCCCCUCACCGUCCCCGACUUGGGAAAUAUAUCGGCCGUUCCUUCAGUGUCGCUGGGUCAGAAUCCUGGAACUCCCUCCCUGAGGGCACCGUGUGGGAGUCCCUACACCACACAGACUGCAGCGGCUCACCCCCACCUUCUCAAGGGGAGGCAACUGGGGGGGGAAAUGGGACAAUAAAUGCUGGACCCAGCCAGUGACGCCCACAUCCCAUGAAUGAAUAAAAAGAAAUUAUUGUUGAUAAGUAACUGCCCUCCAAAAUGGCCUAGUGAGUUCAAAGGCAAUUGGGGGUGGGUAACAAAUCCUGCCCUUGCCCAUCCAAGAAUAUAUGUAUUUUUUAAAUCCAUUCCCCAUGGUUUCAUCAAACCAAUUUUCGAAAUGCAAGAGAUGGAGUAAAUAUUCUAAGUAAGCCAAGCCAUUGUAUUUUGCGAAAGAGAGUGCCGGAGCAGUGUCGGGGGUGGAAGAGGAGGCUGGGUCUGCUCACAGAUGUUUAAGGGAGUCCCAGAUCACAGCGCCAGCUCACACCAACCAACGAAGCGUAGAAAUUGUGACAGACGUUAGCCUGGAAAGUUCUCUCACGUGAGGAGGUAACCUUGUCUCAGUCAUUCCAACCAUGCGUCAAAUCACACUUUCCCCAAAUCAAGUACCCAAUUCUUGUGUGAAAUUUCUUUCUGAAUUGUUAACGUUAUUGUGUACAAAUGUAAAUAAAAUGCAGGAGCCCUUU